AUGGAAUCCCCCAGAAUACUCAAAACUCGAAACUCAAACAUCACCUACCAGAUUGUAAAGAAGUGCAUCUCCUCGUCAACCACAAUACGACCAAAGAGAAGCAAGUCAAAGUCGAAAUCGAAACAUAAACCACUGGAAAACAUUGAUGCAGCAAACAAACUGGCUGGUAACUCUCCACUACCUUCGCCAGCUUCAUCACAUGAAGGCUUAUCAGUCAGUAAUUGGGAAUCCGAGGAUAGCGAUGAAGAACUGGUGGAAAUCCCCCCUCAACCUCAGCCGAAUCCAGAUUUCAAUAUUCUCGACGAGUAUAAGGACAAGUUGAAGGAUUUGGCCCAGACUUAUCAAGAAAUCAUUGAUCGAAACCCUUCCCUCGAAGCGCAACGAACAAACCCUCAUCCUUCUUGUGAUUCAUCCUCCUUCUCGUCCUCAACCUCAACCUUGUCCUCAACCUCUCCCAAAAGGAAUAAUCGACACUCUCAAGAAGAUAUUAGUAAUGCCAAUCUUCUACUUCUUCUCCACAUGAUUGAAUAA